AAUUCAUCUUCUUUUAUUAGGUCAAUUUCAAAUUCAAACGCAUAUUUUCAAAUCCAUGGCUCUGAGAAUUAUAUUGUAAAAAAUAGUACUCGUAUGUAGUAGUUGUUUCCAGGUUUGUUCCCACAGCUAGAGCGGGACCCAGCGCCCCCACCCCCACCGCGUGCGUUAAUCCUUAUCUGCCGCCUUCUCUCUCUCUCUCUCCAUCGUAUAAUUCAAUGCAGUGUGCAUAGCUUGGGCGGAUAAAGCUGUGAUUUUUGGUUGAUUAUUGUGGGAGUAGUAGUAGUAGUAAAUUGCACAGAGAGAGAAAAAGAUCCCACUUCUAUUCAAGUUUUGGGGUUGGGAUCUCAAACCUAUACUGCCCGUCUUCGUCGGAUCUCGCCGCUCCUGGGCUCCUUUUCUUUCGCCCAAAGGGUAAUCAGAAGUGGAAACUUCAGUUGGGGAGUAGAUUUUUGAAGCUUAUUACUGGAAAGUUUUGUGCUAGUUUGAAGUUUAUAAGUUGUGAUGGAUAGUAGGGAGAGGGAGUGUGGGGUUGAUAUUGAGGCUGGUAUGAACAUGAGUGAAGGAGUAGAAUGCUCUGGCUCUCUUCUAGAUGUGAAACCGAGGAACACGAUUUUGGGUGACGUGUGUGCUGGGAAGUUUGAUGAUUCGUAUAAAGGUGAAAAUGGGGUGAUCCUGAGUUGCAAUGCAACAAAUAGCAGUGAGAGUUUGGCCCUGAAGAUUGAGAGGGCAAAGUCAGAGAAUUUAGGGGAGAAGAAAAUAGAGAAAGAGAAACGCAAAUCAACGAGUGCUAAGAAGCCCCCCAAGCCUCCCAGACCUCCCCGAGGAUAUUCACUGGAUGCUGCCGACCAGAAGCUGAUCAAGGAAUUACAUGAACUUGCAAUGAUGAAACGUGCGAGGAUUGAGCGAAUGAAGGCUUUGAAGAAGAUGAAAACUGCAAAGGCGUCGUCAGUGCCAUUGGCAUCGAAUGGCAGCUUCUUUGCCAUGUUUUGUACUGUUGUAUUCUUUCUUGUGCUAAUCUUCCAAGGGAUGUCAUCCGGAAAUAGUUCCCCCAGCUUUCAUGGUUCCCCGGAAUCAGGUGUAGCCAAAGAUAGUAGCCUCGUCUUUCCACAAGACCGCCCAAACCUAUCUUCUAGUUCAUCAUCUACAACCGGUUCUGGAUCUCCUAUUAUGGUGGGGCCGAGUUCUGGUAUGGACCCCGAGUACCAGGCGAAUAUGGCUAUAGGUUGAAGCCGAGGGUGGCUCAGGAAGGGAAGUUCCAAGCAAGCAUAGAACAACAGAAUCAAAUGGACAGACAACACGGGUCUCUGCCUCCUGGAUCAACUUCAAAGUAUAUCGUGAUGCCUUUGUACAGCAAAUAAGAAUACGCUAAGGCUUGUGAGUGUCUCUUUAACACAGCGGCUAGUUUAAUACUUUGGAUUUGUUUUGUGCCAAUACGCAUCCUGAGGUUUUUUAUCCAUCUUUCAUCUUACCACACUCUACAAUUCAAGAAUUCUUACUGUACUAUCGAAGCAUAUAAACCAUAUUAUAGCUGAAGAGCAAAGUGUCUGGACAAAUGACAGUUCUUUAUUAUUUUUUUUCUUUA